UUUCCUUUGUCUCCACCAGUCAUGGCUUCCUCCUCCUCUUCCUCUUCCUCCUCUUCCUCCUCCCCCUCCUCCUCCUCACUCAUUCCGCGUCUUUCCUCCAUCAGCAGCGGCCUGGAUGCUCCGCUGGGCUCGAACAUGGCUGUGAACCUCGCAAAGAACAGACUGGCCCUGCUCACCGCCUACCAGGACGUCAUCGACGAGAGCUCCGACACCGACUGGGCCUUGUACACGUACCAAGAUGAUAGCGAUAACGAUUUGACACUGGCAUCAUCAGGAGGUGGCGGCCUGGCCGAGAUCACGCUGACUUUUGACAGCGCCAGGAUUAUGUACGGUUUCUGCAGCCUGAAGGAGCCCAACGCUGCCCUGCCACGAUACAUCCUCAUCAACUGGGUGGGCGAGGACGUGCCCGACGCCAGGAAGUGCGCCUGUGCCAGCCACGUGGCCACCAUUGCGGACUUCUUCCAGGGUGUGGCGGUCAUCAUCAACGCCAGCAGUCUGGACGACAUCGACCCGUCCGCCAUCGGACAACGUCUCACCAACGGGACGACGGUGGCGGCGAGUCCCGUCAUGAGCCGUCUGAAAACCCGAGAGGAGGAGCACGGAGACGUGAAGGGUACGGUGUACCAAAAGACCAACGCAGAAGUGGAGAUGAAGAAAAUCAAUCGAGAAGAAUUCUGGGAGCAGGCCAAGCGUGAAGAGGAGCUGAGGAAGGAGGAGGAUAGGAAGAAGCUGGCCGAGGAACGUCAGCGCUUCGAGGAGGAGCGAAUGGAGCUGGAGAGGAAGGAGCAGGAGAACCGAGAGAGGAGGUACCGUGAGCGAGAGAGGCAGAUCGAAGAGCACAGGAAGAAGAUACAGGAGGAAGAGGAGGCCAAAGACAGGUUGCAGAGUCAAACCACCUUACCCUCAGAGCUGAGCAUCGAUGAACUCAGCCUGGACAAGAAGGAGUCUGAAGUGGAGGUUCAGGAGGCGAAGGCCAUCAUCGCUCAGCGGUCCGGAAACCCCCGGGAGUUCUUCAAGCAGAAGGAACGCGCCAUGACCAUCAGCGUCGACACCUCGCCCAUCACCAUCCACCGGGCCGGCCGCUUGGACAGCCCCUUCUUGAGGCAGCAGCACAGUCCCAGCAGCCCCACUUCGACCCCCCCACCACCCAGGGUUGUGUCGCCACUGCGCGCCAGCGCGCCACACGCACGGACGCACCGCGCCGCCGGGGAAAAUGAGGAGCAAGCGAGCGCGGAGCGCAACGUGGCCGCGGUGUCGCCCAUUCCCAAAAUCGUCACCACGCCCAUUAAGGAGGACGCCGACCUGGAGCAGGAUUGCACAUUUGACUGGGAGCCAAAGCAGGAGCAGAAAGCUCCGGUCCAGGAGUCCUCUGCCACCUCCAAGCCUGUGCAGAGCGUGGCCCCCCAGGCCCGCGAGCCCUCCGCCUUCGCCACAUGGGAUUCCGCCACCGACGACCUGGUGGACAUGUGGGACGCCGCCCCCCCGGCCGCCGCCGCCGCCGCCGCCGAGCACCCCCGCGCCUCCUCCGAUCUGGUGGACCUGAUGGGUGACGCGCCUCCCGGCGACCUCGCCGGCGGCGUUCGCUCCCAGCCGCUCCUCAGCUUCGACGACGCGACGGACGGCGGCCUGCGCUCGGCGGUCGAGGACGACCCCGCCAGCUUGGUGGCCGUGAAUGACUCGGAGCAGAUGACGCUCAGCUACCAGCACGCGUUGCAGCACGCCGCCGGCGACGGACAGAUGCUCAUGACCAACGGGGAGACGCUGAUUAAAGAAGCAACUCAGGCAAGUGAGGGUUACUUCAGCCAAUCACAGGAGGAGGAUUUCGGCCAAUCGGAGGAGGGCUCAGCAAAACCCGCGCCUGUCCUUUAUAACAAGCCACCAGAGAUAGACAUCACGUGCUGGGACGCGGACCCCGUGGCGGACGACGACGACGACGACUAGCCGCCCGGCCCAGCGGACGGCGGGAGGCUGAAAAUGAGGAAGUGCGCUUCGUAAAGAAACACGUUUUUUCUACGAAAAAAAAUAUGAGAAAAAAAAUAUAUAAAAAUACAAAGAAACAAACAAAAAAAGUCUGCAAUGAAAACGACUUGUUUAUCUUUUUUGAGGAAACGUAAUAACAGUAGCCGAACAAGCGGGCGUUUCGCGACAAGAUUUUGUGUGUGUUUCUUACUUUAUUUAUUUGUUUUUCUUUUUUUUUUUUUUUUUUUGCUAUGCAGAUGGAAUAACCGGGAUGUUAUUAAGAUCGCUGAGUGUUAUGGAAAAGCCGUUUGAGCAUUUAUUCAAUGUCCUUCAUCUCCAGCUUAAGAUCUAUGUACUAGUACACUCACUAGUCCUCACUAGUAAGACAAUUCAGCGCACUAAUAGACUGACUGUGUCUUACUAGUAAGGAGUUAUUUUACAUUACUUUAACUACCUUCCACUUCUAUAUGACUUUUCUUCUACUAGUGCACCAAAUUGUCCUACUAGUGAGGACAAAGCGGAUACUCAUACAUGGACCCUAACAUGGACGUCAAGGAUACGCUUUUUGUCCUCACUAGUUGAACACCUUUGCCAUACCCGUAGUAGGACAAGCAAGCUACUAUGGCGCACAACUGUGCACUAGUUGACAACUGCGUGCUACUAGUACUACUAGUGACAUUCUAAAACUCGACUAGCGCUUCACUAUAAAGCCGUUUGAGCGUUUAUUCGAUAUGGAAUAAAUUGUCUUGACCUGCCUUUCUUCCCUUUUUGUGUUGCAGCCGCUUCAUCUUGUAUUUAGUCAGCCCAAAGGUGAAAUAUUCCAUUUAUUUAUCUCAUCGAAAGCUAAAGAUCUUCUGAAUUGACUUUUUUUUUUUUUUAAGUUGUAUAGCAGGUUAUUUUGAUUUAGCAGCGCUUGACUCAUUUUGGCCCAGUUCCCCCCCCCCCCCCCCCCCCAAUGUAUAUACACACACAAAAAAACAACAACACAAAAACAUCCUGAUGAUUACACUGUAGAUAUUUUUCCAGGUUUUUAGAAGUUUUCCCAAGCAAUGAACAUGUUGCACAGUAGGGGAAAAAAAGUGGAUUGGACAGUUUGAUUUGGAUUUGAACACGUUUGACUGUUUAAAAAUAAUAGAAAUGGGCAUCUUAAGUUGUGCGUACGUUUACUUUAAAGUGGCAGAGACUUAACUUUUAGAAACCAAAUAUCUGAGAGAGCGAAGUGAGGAAAGGUUUUAAGUUUUGAGCUUUCCGAACAUGUCGUCCUCCCAGGAAGAUUCCUACAAAGGACUAUUAGCCACACUGAAAAGAUUAUCCUUUUUUUUUUUUUUUACUAUUGUAAUGUGAGACUGGAGUCAAAGUAUUACAUGAAAUAAAUUGGGAAUUUUGACAAGAAAAAGUCGUGACAAAAUUAAAGUUGUAAUAUUACAAGAACACAAUAAUAAUUUGGUGUGGGAAAAGUAGUAAUAUGCCGGGAAACAAAAUAGGCUGUAGUAGUCAAGUUGUGAUAUUAAGAUCAAAAAGUGGUAAAAUAAAACUCUUUGACUAAUAUUAAGAUAAAAGUGGUAAUUUGUUGAUAAAAAAAGUUAUAAAAAUAUCAUUUCUAUACUAUAUAAAUAAAUUACUAAUUCUGCAAGAACAAAGCCGUAAUAUUUUAGAUACAAAUGUCAAAGUUGGCACUCAUUUGUUCAACUUAAACUUUAUCCUAAUAUUACACUGACUUUUUUCCUAUUAAAAUAAAAAUAAUAUACUCCUAAAAUAAUUCUCUUAAUAUUAGGAGGGCUUUCCUAAAAAAAUAUAAAAAAUUUAAAAUUUGCUUAUUUGUCCUAAAGUUUUUUUUACUUUUAUCUCGGUAAGGUUAGGACUCUUUUCCUCAGUUUUCUUUUCCGUGUGGCAUCAAUACUCCUUUGUCGAAUGAAUUGUGGCUUUUUUUUAUCAACUGCUUUUAUUCUGAUGAUACAAAAAAAAUGAAUAAAUAAAUGUACUUUUAUUAUUAUUUUGCAUUUUGGAAUUUUCCAUUGGCGGUGCAUCAAAACCGAAGUGUGCUACAAUUGACAUUCAGGACCCUUUUUGAAUAUUAGCAACAAGGUUGUUAUAGUCUCUUCUUUUGCUGUAUAUUCCUUGUAGAAAAUUAAAACUCCUAGGCAAUAAUAAUAAUAAUAAUUUUAAUAUUAAUAAUUUGUGUAUGUGCGUGUGUGUAUGUGUUCCACCUGAAGAUCACAAAUCAUUUCGCUCAUUGAGACGCCAUCACUUCGUAAAUAUGCAACUUUUACUUUGCUAUUUUGAUUUACGUUUUGUAAACUGAUUACAAAAAAUAUUCCCCCCCAAAAAAAGUGGUUUUAAUGUUUACGAUAUUACGGGAAGAAAAUUCCUCCUAUCAUUGAGGAAAAAAUGUUUAGGAUCACAAGGAAAAAGGUGUAAAAUUAUGACAAAGUCGAAAUAUUAUGUCCCAAAACAUUCUUAAGAAAAAAGUUGUAAUAUUAUGAGGAAAAAAAUUGUGUAAUAUUACAAGAAAAGUAGGUUUGAUGUGGACAUUAUUUUUUUGUAUUACGUGAAAGUGGUCCAAAAUUUUGGGUAAUACUAAAGUAAAAAGUCAUAAUAUGAAAAAAAAAAGAGAACUUUUUAAUAUUACGUGAAAAAUUGUCAAAAUAUUAGGAGAAAGAUGUUUGAUAUGAUUUUUUUUUCACUAUUACAAGGAAAAAUUUCAUAUUAUGAUUACAAAAUUUGUAAUAAUGCGGUCAAAUAAUACGAUAAAAAAUUUAAUAUGACAAAAAUGUUUAAUAUGAUAUUUUUUAAUAUUCCAUUAAAAAGCUUGUAAUAUAAGGAAAAAUAUGUAAUAUUACAAGCACAUUUUGUAAUAUGAGAAAAUAUAUAUAUAAUUUGUGACAUUUAUCAAAAUAUUAUGAUUUUUUAAAAGUUGUGUUUUUUGUAAGAUUUUUUUAUUGAGAGAAAACACGGCAUAAUAUUAUGACAAGAAAAGUUGCAUUAUUACUGAAAUAAAUUGUGGUCUGCAGACAGUUGCAUUUUUACAUUUCCAUGUGUGGGAAUUAGAACUUUAUCGUAAUAGAAUACUAUUUUCUUGUAAUAUUACUCUUUCUAUUACUCUUUUAAUAUUACCAUUUUUUUCCUCUUAAUUUUAAGACUUUUUUGUCAAAAAAAAAAAAAAAAAAUCACAUUUGGAUUUUUUAAAAUUAAAAUCUAAAAGUAUUUAAAAUGAAAACAGAAAUCUGGAAUUUUAAAAGAAUAUCUUUUGCUUAAUUUGGGUUUUUGGGCGAUGAGAUUCUUUUACUGUGAUUAAAUUAGAAUUUGGAUUAAAACUGCUCCUAUUUUCCUCAGAAGAUGCCUUGAAUCCCCCCCCCCCCCACACACACACACACACACACUUCUCGGCCUUCUUUUUUCUCCAUUUUGAACGGUUGAAGCUGCUUGUAGUUUUCAUUUUAUCAUCCACGGCUGUUUUCUCUCUGGUCUUAAUAUAAUCGAUUUAACAUAAUCCACGAUCCGUACAGUAGACAUUUUGUUUUCCAUUUGUCAGUCAAUAUCUCUUCUAAUAUGUUCACUGAUGCAUUCAAAUUAAAAUUGUUUUCUAAAGGUGCAA